GCGUUGCACACAAUCAAGGAUUUUAGGAGGGUUUUAGAAUUUGGGGGACUUCGCAUGCUAUUCCUCCCUCUGGUCCUCUCUUCAACCUUCUACAAUGGCGGUUCUUCGCAAAAGAUGAACUGAUAAAAAUUAUAACAAAAUACGGCAUUAAAGAUCGAAAAGACCAUUUUUUUGAGGAUUUUCUCGAUCAGUUGGCAUCUAUGCUGAAGGCUUUAUCAACUUCAUGUUUACAGGGUCGAUUGCAGAACUUGUCUGCGAAGCUCCCUGCCAAUUUCUCUUAUGGAGAACCAAGAACUCCAUUGCUUCGAGUUUUAGGUUCUUUAAGAAGCUCCAAUUCCAGAAAUCCUAAUUUAUGUAAAAGGGUCUUCUUUUGUUCCGACUCUGGUGAUGGCUCCAAUCCGGUGGUUGACGCUGAGGCGAAGCCUGCAGAAGCCGAAGCUGUAGCGGAGAAUGCAGAGGAGGUCGAUGCAAAAGCCUCAUCGGCUAUCGUCCCAAUUAAUCCUAGACCAGAGGAUUACCUAACGGUUUUAGCAUUGCCAUUGCCACAUCGACCACUGUUUCCAGGUUUCUAUAUGCCAAUCUAUGUUAAGGAUCCUAAAUUAUUGGCAGCUUUAGUAGAGAGCCGUAAAAGACAAGCUCCGUAUGCUGGUGCAUUUCUUCUGAAAGAUGAGCCAGGGACUGAUCCCAGUCUAGCCUCUGGUUCAGAAACGGAGAAGAAUAUAAACGAUCUUAAAGGGAAGGAGUUAUUCAACCGUCUUCAUGAAGUUGGUACUUUGGCCCAGAUUACUAGCAUCCAAGGGGAUCAGGUUGUGCUUAUUGGCCAUAGGCGGCUACGAAUCACGGAAAUGGUCGAUGAGGAUCCCCUCACGGUGAAAGUUGAUCAUCUCAAGGAGAAACCAUACAAUAAGGAUGAUGAUGUUAUAAAGGCAACACAUUUUGAAGUUAUAUCGACUUUAAGAGAUGUUCUGAAGACAAGUUCCCUUUGGAGAGAUCAUUACCAGACAUAUACCCAGUUGAUUGAUAGAGGAAGAGGAAAGAAGAGAAAGAAAAAGAAGGAAGUGGGAGGGAAGAAAUUAGGAAAAGAUUGGCAUAUUGGUGACUUCAAUGUUCCAAGAUUAGCGGAUUUUGGUGCUGCUAUCUCUGGGGCAAACAAGUUGCAAUGCCAACAAGUGCUUGAAGAACUAGAUGUACUUAAUCGUUUAAAACUGACACUUGAAUUGGUGAAGAAAGAGAUGGAAAUCAGCAAGAUACAGGAAUCAAUAGCAAAAGCAAUUGAAGAAAAAAUAAGUGGUGAGCAGCGCCGGUACUUGUUGAAUGAGCAACUUAAAGCAAUAAAGAAGGAGCUAGGCCUGGAGACUGAUGACAAAACCGCGCUCUCUGCAAAAUUUAGGGAAAGACUUGAACCAAAUAAGGAGAGAUGCCCACCUCAUGUUUUGCAAGUUAUAGAAGAAGAGCUCACAAAGCUACAGCUGUUAGAAGCCAGUUCAAGCGAGUUUAAUGUCACUCGCAACUAUCUUGAUUGGCUCACGGCAUUGCCUUGGGGUAACUACAGUGACGAAAAUUUCGAUGUUCAUCGUGCUCAAGAAAUACUAGAUGAAGACCAUUAUGGUCUAACUGAUGUUAAGGAGCGUAUAUUGGAAUUUAUAGCUGUCGGAAAACUAAGAGGAUCAUCACAAGGAAAAAUCAUUUGUCUCUCUGGGCCUCCUGGAGUGGGUAAAACAAGCAUUGGUCGUUCCGUUGCACGUGCCCUUAAUCGGAAGUUCUAUCGAUUUUCUGUUGGAGGGUUGGCUGAUGUCGCUGAAAUCAAAGGGCAUCGUCGAACCUAUAUUGGGGCCAUGCCUGGAAAGAUGGUGCAAUGCCUUAAAAAUGUGGGGACAGCUAACCCUCUGGUUCUGAUUGAUGAGAUUGACAAGUUGGGAAGGGGGCAUGCAGGUGAUCCAGCAAGUGCUUUGUUGGAGCUUCUUGAUCCAGAGCAAAAUGCAAAUUUUUUGGACCAUUAUCUUGAUGUUCCCAUUGAUGUAUCAAAGGUUCUUUUCGUCUGCACAGCAAAUGUAGUGGAAAUGAUACCCAAUCCUCUUCUGGACAGAAUGGAGAUUAUUACCAUUGCUGGUUACAUCACUGAUGAGAAGAUGCACAUUGCCAGAGAUUAUUUGGAAAAGACAACUCGGGAAGCUUGUGGUAUCAAGCCAGAACAAGUUGAAGUGACCGAUGCAGCUCUUCUUGCUCUAAUAGAAAAUUACUGCCGAGAAGCAGGAGUCCGGAAUUUACAAAAACACAUUGAGAAGAUUUACCGCAAGAUUGCUUUGCAACUUGUGAGGAAAGGGGAAUCAAAUGAACCAUCUCAAGUUAUUGGACCUAGUGAAGCUGAAGAGAAAUCUGUUGAUGGAUUGACUGAAGCUGUGGUAGUAGAGGAAACCCAGAUUGGUUCUGAACAAGGAGAAAGUAGCAAUGAAAAGCUGGGCAGUGAAAUGCCUGCAAUUGCUGACCAAAUCCAGACAGAUCUGCAAGCUGAUGAAACGUGUAAAGAUGAUCAAACAGUUGAUUCAACGGAAAAUAUAGGAACUGAGGGAGUCCAAGAAAAUGAAGCAAGCAAGGCAUUUGAUAAGGUUGUGAUUGAUGCAGCAAAUCUAUCUGAUUUUGUUGGCAAGCCUGUUUUCCAUGCUGAACGCAUCUAUGAUAAGACACCGGUUGGAGUUGUUAUGGGUCUUGCAUGGACUGCAAUGGGUGGUUCGACACUUUAUAUAGAGACCACCCUAGUGGAGCAAGGAGAAGGAAAAGGAAUACUCAAUGUCACUGGGCAGCUUGGAGAUGUCAUGAAAGAGAGUGCCCAGAUAGCCCACACAGUUGCUAGAGCAAUAUUGCUCGAGAAAGAAACGGAUAACCCCUUCUUUGCUAAUUCAAAACUCCACCUCCAUGUGCCUGCUGGGGCCACACCAAAGGAUGGGCCAAGUGCUGGCUGCACCAUGAUCACAUCAAUGCUGUCUCUAGCCAUGAAGAAGCCUGUAAAGGAGGAUCUAGCAAUGACUGGAGAAGUAACGUUGACAGGAAGGAUCCUUCCAAUUGGUGGGGUCAAAGAGAAGACAAUAGCAGCGAGAAGGAGCAAUGUGAAGACUGUGAUAUUCCCUUCAGCUAACAGGAGGGACUUUGAUGAGCUUGCUGCCAAUGUGAAAGAAGGCCUUGAAGUUCACUUUGUGGAUGAUUACAGUCAGAUAUUCAAUUUGGCUAUUGGUGGGGACCAAGAUACAGGAAAAUAAAAUCUGUUUAGUUGGGAGUCCUUAGCUUUUUGGGCACUGAAGUUAAACCUUUCUUGAA